AUGUCUACUAGUAUGUUAGACCGCGCUCAAUUAUGCCAAUCUCUUUGGUAUCAAAGCGUCGCUGCAUAUUACCACCGCCCAAUUCGUAUCGUCCCUCCCAUUCUUCCACGUCAAUCGAUGAACUUAUUUCAGGCUUGGUUUGCCAGCAUCUUUUGCAUCGGAUACCUUCUGGCGGCGGAGCCCAUGACCUGGAUGCUGCAGCGCUACCCCACGGGCCGUGUUUUGGGAGGCAUUUGCUUCCUAUGGGGCAUUGUCGUGAUGACAACGGCCGCCAGUCGCUCUUUCGCUGGCACUAUGGCAAACCGAUUCGUUCUGGGAGUGCUGGAGGCGUGCGUUACUCCUGGACUUGGAUUAAUGACGCCGCUCUGGUGGAAGCUCGAGGAAACGCCUGUCCGGCAUCUUACUUGGUACUGCUUCAACGGCGUCGCAAGUAUCGUGGGCGACUUUCUUGCAUACGGACUCGGACACGCGACCCACAGCUCUGUUCCGCCUUGGGCAUUGAUAUUCCUUGCACUCGGCGCGCUGACUACCCUCUGGGGACUGUUUCUAUUUAUCACCCUUCCAGAUUCGCCCGUCGCAGCGCGGUUCCUCAAUCAGCGCGAGAAGGCAAUUGCGAUUCGGCGCGUUGCUGCCAACCGGACGGGGACGAAGAACAAGGUCUUCAAGUCGUAUCAGCUUGCGCAGGCACUUUGCGAUCCGAAAACGUACCUGCUCUUCGUGGCCAGCAUCGCCGCUCAAAUACCCAACGGAGUCGUUUCAAAUUUCUCCAGUAUCAUCAUCAGCGGGAUGGGCUUCACGCGCUUCCAGACGACGCUGCUUGAUAUCCCGAGCAACCUGAUGCAGAUCGGGUCGCUCGUCGCAAGCGGGUAUCUCGCGGGCAGCCGCCUGGUCGCGUUUUGGUUUACGUCCUUCCAGUCGGUCGGGUUCUCGCUCUCGCUGGUUAUGGUAUCAGCCAAUGUCGGAGGCUUUACGAAGCGCCAAGUGACGACAGUGGUCACCUUUAUUGGAUAUUGCAUUGGAAACAUCGCCGGACCCCACGUCCUGCUGCAGUCUGAAGCGUCUGCUGGGUACCCGACAGCGACGAAGGCGAUGAUGGCGGGCUAUGUUGUGAAGACAGUGUGCCAUGUGUUGCUGGGAGCAUAUAUGUGGAACGACAAUCGCCUGCGCGAUCGUGUGGCGCUUAAGACGGGGGGUGAGUUACCGUCAGAAGAUGAGCGGGCAAGGCUCGCAGAACAGGAGGGCAUGAAGGAUGUCACGGAGUUUGACAAUAAGUGGUUCAGAUAUGUUUUGUAA